CGUGCUUUUGCUUAGCUCAGCCCGUUGGACCAGAGGGCAACCUCUUUCCGGUUCCUCCUCUCGAUCAGGUUGGAUCCGUAGUCCGACGGCGAUGGCGGCGGCGGCGGCUGUCGGGAGGACGAAGCGCGCGGCUGUGGUGGUGCUGGGCGACAUCGGCCGCAGUCCGCGCAUGCAAUACCACUCCCUCUCACUCGCCAACCAGGCUGGUAUGGAAGUGGACAUUGUUGCAACUGGAGGAAGUGAUCCUCACCUCUCAUUGAGAGAGAAUCCAUCUAUUCACAUCCACGAGAUGAAAUCAGUGCAGUUGCCCGGAAUUUCAAAGAUAUCUGGUGCCAUGGCACUUCUCCUUAAAGCUGCUAUCCAGUUUAUUAUACUGGUUUGGUACCUUUGUUUUAAGAUUCCUCGCCCUGAUGUCUUCGUUGUUCAGAAUCCACCCUCUGUUCCAACAUUGGCUGCUGUAAAACUGGCAAGCUGGCUAAGAGGUGCUAAAUUUAUUGUGGAUUGGCAUAACUUCGGAUAUACAUUGCUUGGAUUGUCUCAUGGCAGAAGUCACAUAAUAGUCAAAAUCUACUUCUGGUUUGAGAAGCACUUUGGGCAGAUGGCUGAUGGUGCCUUUUGCGUUACGAAAGCAAUGCAGCAUGAGCUUGCUCAAAAUUGGGGAAUCAGAGCAACAGUUCUUUACGAUCAAUCUCCUGAUUUUUUCCACCCUACUUCGUUGACGAAGAAACAUGGGUUGUUUAGCAGGUUAGGUAGUUCCAUUUGUAGUGCUAUGGGCAAUGCUGAUUGCAUCUCUGUUGAGAAAGAAGUGGAAGACGUGAACACUACUGUCUUUACCAGUAAGAUCAAUGGUCAUUUUUUCCUGAAGCCUAAUAGACCUGCACUUGUUGUGAGCAGCACAAGCUGGACACCAGAUGAAGAUUUCAGCAUACUUCUGGAAGCAGCACUGAUGUAUGAUAGAUGUGUUGCUGCAACUUUAGGUGAAGAGGACUCCAUGGAUGAGGGACAACUAUGGAUUGAUAUCAAGAAUGGGAAGCAAUUUGUCUUCCCAAGAUUGCUAUUUAUUAUCACUGGUAAAGGACCUGAUAGGAAGAAAUAUGACGAGCAGAUAAAAAGGUUGAAGUUGAGACGUGUUGCCUUCCGGACAAUGUGGCUUGCCUCAGAGGACUACCCUCUAUUGCUCGGGUCAGCUGAUCUAGGUGUGUCGUUGCAUACAUCUUCGUCAGGGCUGGACCUACCUAUGAAGGUGGUUGAUAUGUUUGGAUGUGGAUUGCCAGUUUGUGCUGCUUCAUUUUCUUGCAUCGAGGAGCUUGUAAAAGUAAACAGAAAUGGUCUUCUUUUCUCAACAUCUUCGGAGCUUGCUGAUGAACUUAUGAUGCUCUUCAAGGGGUUUCCAGAAGAAUGCAACGCCUUGAAAUCCCUCAAGGAUGGUGCCUUGAGUACAGGGUCAUCUUCCAAAUGGGAAACAGAAUGGGAAACUUGUGCACUUCCAUUGGUGAACCAGGUCAUAGGAUGAUACGUGUGAUAUCUCAGACAAAGAAUUGUUGGUCCCGGAAAUAGGUGUGGUCCAUACUAGAAUGAUCAGACGUGAAUUUGAAGACACUGUUUGUUUUCACCAGCUGCUGCCAAGAUUAGUUGAUAUCGUGGGCAUCGCCACUAUAGUCUUAGCAGAACCUACGGCUGAAGCCCACAGGGUCUCUACUGUGAUGCUAGUAACAUGUAGUAGGGCAAUUUUAGAGCUACCCCGCUCAUUCCUUUUUAGACAAAAAAGCACACUCUUUGUUGAGCGCAUGUCCAUGUUAUUACAAGAUACAUAUGUACUUACUAUAGCUUACACCUUGUUUGAUAUAUAUGGUACCUUAUUUGAA